GGCGUGCGCGCGCCCGUGCCGUGCCCUCGCGGAGCCGCCGGAAGCACCGGCCGGAGCGAGGAGAGCUGGAAGCGGCGGCAGGACAGGUCUAACAAUGAAAAUACGUGAUUUCUCAUCAAGAUGUAGUGAUGGAGAAAGACUGAGCAGCAUUGUUCGUGAUGUUUCCAGGGAAUGGAAUUCAGUAAGCUUUUGAUAAAAUGCCAGAAGACUUUGGGUUUGCAACUGACGUGUGAUAAAGAAUACAUGAAGCUUCACAUCUGAACCUGCUAUGACUGACCCGGAUGUCCUCACUGAGGUCCCAGCAGCUUUCAAACGCCUUGCCAAAUAUGUGGUGCGUGGCUUUUAUGGCAUUGAACAUGCUUUGGCUCUGGACAUUCUCAUCAGGAACCCCUGUGUGAAGGAAGAGGACAUGUUAGAGCUCCUUAAAUUUGAUAGGAAGCAGUUGCGAGCUGUCCUCAACACCCUCAAGGGAGAUAAGUUCAUCAAAUGCAGGAUGAGGGUAGAGACAGCGCCAGAUGGCAAAACCACCCGUCAUAACUACUACUUCAUCAACUACCGCCUUCUAGUUAAUGUGGUGAAGUACAAGCUGGACCACAUGAGGAGAAGGAUUGAGACAGAUGAAAGAGACUCCACCAAUCGCGCCUCUUUUAAAUGCCCCAUCUGCUUCAGCACUUUCACAGACUUGGAGGCCAACCAGCUAUUUGAUCCCAGGACAGGAACUUUCCGCUGUACUUUCUGUGAGACUGAAGUAGAAGAAGAUGAGUCGGCGAUGCCCAAAAAGGAUGCAAGGACACUCGUGGCGAGAUUUAACGAACAGAUUGAGCCCAUCUAUGCGCUGCUUCGUGAGACGGAAGAUUUUAACUUAGCCUAUGAAAUCCUUGAGCCAGAACCCACAGAGAUUCCUGCCCUGAAGCAGAGCAAGGAGCGUGCAGCUGGGACAGGUUCAGGGGCAGCAGCUGGCCUUGCUGGUGGACACCAUCGGGAAGCGUGGGCUACAAAAGGACCAUCAUAUGAAGACUUGUAUACCCAAAAUGUUGUCAUCAGCAUGGAGGACCAGGAGGAUCUUAACCGAUCUGCAAGUGAAGGAAAGCUGGCCAGGGAGAGGCCAAUCUGGCUACGGGAGAGCACAGUGCAGGGGGCUUAUGACCCCGAUGAAAUCAAAGAUGGGGGCAGGAAUCUGGACACCUUCCAGGAGCGUGAGGAAGGCCGGGCAGCUCUGGAUGAUAAUGAGGAGGUGAUGCGUGCCCUGCUUAUCCACGAGAAGAAGACACCUUCUGCUUCAACAGUCACAGUCGGAGGCGCUGCUCCCCUCUCGGGGGCCAAUGCCAGUGACUCCGAGAGCGAGACAAGCGAGUCAGAGGAGGAAUCCCCUCCCCGCCCAGCCACCACAGCCACCGCAGCCUACGGGCUGGAGGAUGAGGAGGAGGAUGAAGAGUUUGAGGUGGUGGCUGAAGACCCCACUGUCACAGUGGCCGGGCGCCCACACUCGUACAGCCAAGUGAGCCAGCGCCCUGAGCUGGUGGCCCAGAUGACACCAGAGGAGAAGGAGGUUUACAUAGCCAUGGGGCAGCGCAUGUUUGAGGACAUGUUUGAUUAACUGCUUCCUGCCGUGGCAUUUUUUUAAAAGUGACUUUUUAAGCCAGAGACUCCCUAGUAAAGCAGAAGACUGAGGUGCAUCUUUCCUCCCCUGUGUGCAGGGGCACUGGGACUCGGGACCACUCAUCUGAGGCAUCUUGCUCACCCAGAGCAGGGGAGAGCAGCAAGGCUGUGUGUGCCAAAACAAAUAGUGGAGGACGAGUCUCAGAAGUGAGUAUGCUUGCAAGGUAAAAAUCUGCUUCAGGGUGCCUUGCACAGGCACUGCUUUAACCUUCUCUAGGGCCCCAGCAGCUGCCUUUCCCCGACUGCUUUGAGUUGAUUUUUGUUGCAGAUACUAGUGAAGUCCACCUCCCUGCCCUCUCUAGUCUGAUCAGAGUGCUCUGCAGAGGAGGGCAUGAGCAUUGUUACAGCUGCCUGUGCUGAAGAAGAGAGGGAAGCACUCACUUGCUGAAGGCAAGCCUGGGCAGGGCUUGUAGUUGACCUCCUGCCAGCAGCAGCCCCUGGCCACCGAACUGGCUAUUUCUCAGCAAGCCUGUAGGCACCAACCUUUUCUUGCUCCUGUUUGCCCCUUACUAGGUCUCAGCACCUCAAGGUCAGGUGUAACUUGAAACAGGCAGAGUGAAAUUGCUGGCAAGCACACACAGUCACUCUUUUGUCAGUGUCCCUAAAGACCUCCGUGGAUCUGAGCUGUCAGAGCGCUCUGACUGAUCAGGAGAUAACCUUUGUUUUCCAUUGUUGCUGCCUGCUCCUUCUGCCUGUCCCUGUCCAAACUCCAGUGUUGCAGGUGGUUCGUAGUGGGCAGGGUGGCAGUCAGGCAGUGCCAGAGGAGUAGCAUAGCUAGUUUUAAUUGCAGUCACACUAGGGCUGUGUCAUUGUAAGAGGAAUUAUGCAAUUUUGAAUUCUGCUUUGGCAUACACUUUUACCUUAGGAAAACAUUCAUCAGUGCCUACUGAGCAAUAUCAUGUUUUUAACGUUCUUCACUUUCAACUGAAAAAUGUUUUGACAAUUGUUGUGUUUUCCGAUUCAGUGCUACAGUAAAACAAAAUGAUAAAAGAAUUUUGUGUUCCAGAAGGUAGGGGCAGUAUUAUGUGCUGUUCCAUUUACAUGGGCAACACGAAUUAGGCGCUCACCGAGACUGUAAAUCUGUUUUCUACUAACUAGGCUUUCUGUGUUCUGCUAACCUUGUAAUGUCUCCUCUGUGGUUUUUAUUUUCAGCCUCUUCAUAUAUUGAAUUCCUUCUUUUAUAAAUAGUGUUUUAAGUUUGCUUUUAAGUCAUUUUAAAGAUAAAUAAAAAGAAACU